AUACACACACGCACACACACACACACACACACACACACACACACGGAGAUGACGUUGCAGGAGGGGAGGGAAGUAAACAUGGCGUCUGGACAGCAAUGGGUGUUGGUGGAAAUGGUGCAGGCAUUGUACGAGGCCCCAUCUUAUCACCUCAUUUUGGAAGGCAUCCUCAUUUUAUGGAUAAUCAGGCUUCUCUUCUCUAAAACAUACAGGCUCCAUGAGACAAAUAAACUGACUGAAAAGGAAAAAGAAGAUCUUAUUGAGGAGUGGCAGCCUGAACCUCUUGCUCCCACUAUUUCCACAGAUUCGCCAUACAUAACCUACGAUAUUGUCACAGGACCCCCCAGCCACAAAAUCAUAAUCAAUGGAAAAGAGUGCAUUAACUUCGCAUCAUUUAACUUCCUGGGUCUCCUUGACAAUGAACGAGUCAAGCAAAAGGCACUCUCAUCUCUGAAGAAAUAUGGGGUUGGAACAUGUGGUCCCAGGGGCUUCUAUGGAACGUUUGAUGUUCACCUGGAGCUGGAGAGCCGGCUUGCCAAAUUCAUGAAAACAGAGGAAGCUAUCAUCUACUCAUAUGGCUUUGCUACCAUUGCUAGUGCCAUUCCUGCCUACGCCAAGAGGGGAGACAUCAUAUUUGUGGACGAGGCAGCCUGCUUUUCCAUCCAAAAAGGUCUUCAAGCUUCCCGCAGCUUUCUUAAAUACUUCAAGCACAAUGACAUGGAUGACUUGGAGAGGCUUUUAAAGGAGCAAGAGUUGGAGGACCAGCAGAACCCUCGUAAGGCUCGGGUGACUCGCAAGUUCAUUGUGGUGGAGGGACUGUACAUCAACACUGCUGAUAUAUGUCCACUUCCUGAACUGGUGAAACUAAAGUACAAGUAUAAGGUGCGGAUUUUCCUGGAGGAGAGCAUGUCUUUUGGUGUGUUGGGAGAGCAUGGCCGAGGGGUUACAGAGCACUUUGGAGUCAAUAUAGAAGACAUCGAUUUGAUCAGUGCUAACAUGGAGAAUUCUUUGGCCUCCAUUGGAGGCUUUUGCUGCGGACGCUCUUUUGUUAUAGACCACCAGCGCCUGUCAGGACAAGGCUACUGUUUCUCUGCAUCUCUGCCUCCCAUGCUAGCUGCUGCAGCUAUUGAGGCCCUCAGCAUUAUGCAAGAGAAUCCAGAGAUAUUCACCGUUCUGAGGAAGAAAUGCACAUAUGUCUACAAAGAACUACAAGGAAUUCCUGGGCUGAAGUUGGUGGGAAUGCAGUUUGCUCCUGCUCUUCACCUGCAGCUGAAGAGAAGUUCAGGCUCUCGAGAGUCUGACAUGCAGAUGCUGCGCUCAAUUGUUGAUUAUUGUAUGGAGAGACAAGUGGCACUGACUCUCGCCCGAUACCUCGAAAAAGAGGAACGCUAUCCCCCUCCGCCCAGCAUCAGAGUGGUGGUGACCAUCGAACAGACGGAGGAGGACAUCCUGAAAGCCAAGUUGUGUAUCCAGGAGGCUGCUUUAACGUUACUUAAAUGAAUGUUUUGUUUUGUUUUUCUACCUUCCAAUGUCAAUGAACUUCUUAUCUGUUCCUUCUUUGUACUAUUUGAGUAGUAUGGUUGACAGACACACACACAUUAUGAGCACACUUAUAUUGCAAGGCUUUUUAUAUCCUAUCCCUGAUUUUAAUUUCUUCCCCUUCCCUCUCAGUAUCUUGUAUAUCCAUAUCAUGAAUGUUGACAGCUGUGACUAAGGAAAGGAAAAACAUUCCUGAGGCUGCAAUGCUAAUGUCACUCUUCAGAGAACUUGACAGCUAUCUGAUUGUAAUUAUAUAUCCUUUGUUGCAGAUUAAAAUGUUGCGACAUCCGGAUUGCAACAUUGACAUUUCGUCAUGUUAAACACAUACAUGGACCGGCUUGCCUUGUUUUAGUCUUAACUUCUUUCACUUUGUUAUUACUUAUUGUACCUUCAACAAAUGUUUUUUACUAAGCAAAUUAUAGAAUAAUUAAUCACUAAUAUGUCAAAUAAAUCUUUAUUUCUGACAGAAA